AUGGAGACUGAAACAAGGAGUGACGACCAACAGAAACUGGUCUCAUCAUCCAUGGAGAUUCACAACGAUGUUGGUCAAACCAUGAAAACCGCAAUUCCAUUACGAAAGACAACAACUCGGAAUCUUGAAGAAGUCACUAAUCACAUCUGUGAUAAUCAACCUCUGUUUACUCAAAACUCAUCAGGGACUCUGGUGGGAGUUAUCUGGGACUCAAAACCAGAAUCGUCUCAUGAUUUGGCCUCUGUUAAAUCAGAUUCGAGAUAUUCGUCUUUGUACCGUCCUCCUCUGAAACUUCUUUUCCAAGGUUCGUUUAAAGACGCAAAAUCAACUUCGUCCAGGAAGAAUCUAUGGUUGCUAGUGAAUCUUCAAUCCGCGACCGAGUUUGCUUCUCCUAGUCAUAUGCGUAACCUAGAUUUAUGGUUGAACGAAGCCGUUUCUCAAGUCAUCGAGUCCGGCUUCAUCUUAUGGCAAGUCUAUGAUGAUACCAAUGAAGGAAAAGAAAUCUCUACUUUUUACAAGAUCGAAUCUGCUCCUCCUGUGGUGCUCCUCAUCGAUCCCUUCACUGGUCAGGAGAUGCGUUCAUGGAGCGGCGAGAUCGAGACUAACAGUUUUGUCGAGGGUUUGUUGCGGUUUAAGGAGGCUGGUCCCAAUGAACAAAUAGCUUCUCUGACAAGGAAUAUACGCCAAGAAACGAAGGAGGAACACAAUAGUUCGUCAAGAAACAACACCGAUCAAGUCCCGGCUCAUAGUGAAGAGUUUGAAAAGGAGGGGACUUGUUCGUCAAGAAACAGCACCGAUCAAGUCCUGGCUCCUUCUUGUGGUGAAGAGUUUGAAAAGGAGGAGACUUGUUCGUCAAGCAACAACGUUGAUCACAUCGUGGCUCCCGAACUCGAAGAGACUGCAGGAGUAAAGGUGGAGGAGGAGGAUCUAAGCGAUGCGUGCAGUCUCUCCGUUAGGUUUCCAGAUGGGAGAAUAAAGGAGAAAAGAUUCCUCAAGAGCGAACCGAUUCAGUAUCUCUGGUAUUUUUGUUGCUCUCACAUGGAGGAAUCUGAGAAAAGGGCGUUUAAUCUGGUACAAGUGGUUCACGGUGCUUCAAGAUUUCUGGAUUUUGGAGAUGACGCAACUUUCGAGCAAUAUGGCCUCGAUAAUUCGAUGAUCUCUGUUACUUGGGAGUGA